UUGCUAAUUGUUUUGUUUUGGUAAUAGUGUUUACGCAGGGUAUUUCUAGUCUAUCCAUUCUAUAACAACGCAAAUUUAAGGUGAAAACUAAACUAAGCUGAUGUAUUGCGCGAAUAUAUUUUCUUGGAAAACGGUAGCGCCAUGGACAUCAAAAACGAAGUAAAGUCUACAGAUAAAGACUUUGAGAAAAAGAAAUUCGUUGUUCGAAAUGCUGCUGAUAUUCAGCGAGCUAAGCUGGACAAGCUUAUGAAAAACCCCGAAAAACCAGUGAUAAUUCCAGACUCACCAAAGGAGCGCGAUUUUUCAUCCGCUGUACCGGCGUUCGUUCGCAACGUUAUGGGAUCAAGCGCUGGGGCCGGGUCAGGAGAGUUUCAUGUAUACCGGCAUUUGCGUCGAAAGGAAUACGCUAGGCAAAAGCACAUUCAGGAAAAAAGUCGUGCUGAAUUGUUGGACGAAGAAUUCCAGCAAAAGCUUCUACAGAAUCGCCAAAUAAUGGAAGAAAAGACGGCCAAAAAUCGAGCCAAACGGUUGAAGAAGAAAGCUAAGCAAAAAGCCAAUAGAGGCAAGAAACCCAAACAAGAGAACGUAGAGCAACCAGAGAGCAGCGAAGAAGAUGAGAGUGAUGAUGAAGAAAAGCUUGGCGAUACAAACGAGGAAUCGAGUGCUGCGGAUGGUAAUGAGACAGCACAAAGUAGUACAAGUCACGAAUGCAGUACGACAGAAAUUGCAGACGAUGACAAGCAACAGCAAGUCAACGCUAGUGAAAACAAUUGUGGCUCAAAAGAUGAAAAAUCAAUGCCAAUUACGGUAGAUCGGGAUACCGAAGGCUUGUUAGAAAACCAUGAUGGUGGCAAAACAGUAAUUCUUCAGGAAGAGAAAACACAUGCUGACAAUCAUCAUUUAGAAUGUGAAUCUAACGAGAAGAAGGAUGAAUAAGUUUUUUCAGAGAUUUGAAAAUUGCAUUAGAGUACCGUGAGGCGUCCUAAUUCUGCGCACUUCGUACCAAAAUGUUGAUGCCGUUUAGUAAGAAAGGAAACAUAAGCAGAAAGUUAACAGUUAAUAUAUAGGAAAUCACUUCCAAACUUCAUUUUUGAAAAUCUGCUUUUAAUUGAUAUUUUUUUAACAUUUUAAUACGAAGUGCACAGAAUUAAGAACCGCGCAGAAUUAGGGCGCCUUACGGUACUUGUUUUUCUUACUGUAACAAAUCUCACUAAAGUGUCAGAAUGCUACACCAUUCUGUUUGUUCAGAAUAAAUUGGUCCAUUGUAAUGAAGCAACGGUUCCUGAUAAGUGUUUACUAUCUAUUCAAAUGUAAAAUAAAUGCUAAUAUUUUUCUCCAAUACCUACUGAGUUUAAUCACGAGAUCGACAUUUGAUUCUUUUUACUUGUGUUCAGAAAAGUAGUCAUAUCGCCUCGACGUUAGAAAGCAUACUUUUUACAUUCGUCAAAUUGUUGUCUGUUUUCUGGAAUCACUAGGAAAAAGUAAAAAUAAAACGUGUUCGGAUGUUUGUUUUGCUUGAAACAUUUUAUUGUCCUCGAAAAUCGAAGCAGAACAAAAAAACUGUUUCCAGAACUAUUAUUGUCACGGGAAAGCAAGAACUAUCAAGAACAUAUUUUGGAUGCAUUAUUGCUUGUUUUUUUUUUUAAGUAAAACCUGUUUCAAUUUUUUUAUAUACUCGUAUUAACUAUAAUAGUUUUUAUUUGAAAACACUGAAGAAAAAUAAA